AUGUGUACUGUAAGUGCUGCCUGGAACAGAUUGGUUUUAGGGUUUGCAGGAACAAGUAAAACUAAUGAACCAGAUCAUUUUGAUCCUCAACAACCCAUACUUGAUGUGAAACCUCUCAAUAGCAUGCCUUAUAUUGGUCCACCUACAAUGCAUCCAUCAACAACUACAGACUCUGAUGCACAAGAGAAACUGAAGCCUACUGUGAUUAUUCUACCUCCUGACUCAACAAGGGAACAGUGGAAUAAGGCUUUGGAAACCAACAAAUCAGGGAUUGUUUUGACUGGAGCUGCUGCGAGGGGACAGGUGGGACCAAUAAUAGGAUUAGUUGAUAUUGGCGAGAACGAAGACUCAUACUUAUUUCGUGUCAAUCUACCAGGGGUUUUAAGGGAUGAGAAUUUUGAAUGCAGCGUUGACAUUGAUGGAGAAGUAUUUAUAAAAGGAGUAACUACGACAGGAGAGAAAACAGUGUGCAAAAACUCCCAAGUCUUUAAGAUGCAAACACAAAAUCUGUGCCCCCCAGGUCACUUCUCUAUCUCGUUCCAGCUUCCUGGUCCAGUUGAGUGCCAAAAAGUUACUCUCUCUUUUGAGACUGAUGGGAUUUUGGAGGCCAUUGUGCAGAAAAAAUUACCAUAA